UUUGCUCCGUUAAGAAAUUAGAAAAAUGAUGAAAAAUUGAAGCUAAUCCUCUCUCCGACUGAACGCGGGAAAAAAAGUAUAAACCCUAUUUCCGGUGCCGAGGAGAGUGGAUCAGCGGGAGAAGAAAUGGCGCCAUUGUUGCAGAGCUCUCAACCAUGGGUGGAAAAAUAUCGACCGAAGCAAGUGAAAGAUGUAGCGCAUCAGGAUGAGGUGGUUCGGGUCCUCACCAACACUCUCGAGACUGCCAGUUGUCCACAUAUGCUGUUCUAUGGACCGCCUGGUACUGGAAAAACCACCACUGCUCUUGCGAUUUCCCAUCAAUUAUUCGGUCCUGAACUUUACAAGUCUAGAGUUUUGGAGUUGAAUGCAAGUGAUGACCGCGGGAUCAAUGUUGUUCGGACUAAGAUUAAAGAUUUUGCUGGUGUUGCAGUAAGCAGUGGCCAACGCCAAGGGGGUUAUCCUUGUCCACCCUUCAAGAUAAUCAUUCUGGAUGAGGCUGAUUCAAUGACUGAAGAUGCUCAGAAUGCCUUGAGGCGUACCAUGGAAACACACUCCAAAGUGACACGAUUCUUUUUUAUUUGCAACUAUAUCAGCAGGAUUAUAGAGCCCCUUGCAUCUAGGUGUGCAAAGUUUAGGUUUAAGCCACUUUCUGAAGAGGUUAUGAGUAAGCGUAUAUUGCACAUCAGCAAUGAAGAAGGUCUUAGUCUAGACGGAGAGGCUCUUUCAACCUUAAGUUCAAUCUCUCAAGGUGACCUCCGUCGAGCUAUCACAUAUUUACAGUCAGCUGCACGCUUAUUUGGAUCAUCAAUCUCUUCAAAGGAUUUGGUUAACGUGUCUGGGAUUAUCCCUCGGGAGGUUGUUGAUGCACUUUUUACUGCUUGUAAAAGUGGUAACUUCGAUACUGCAAACAAGGAAGUCAACAAUGUACUUGCAGAAGGAUAUCCAGUGGCUCAAAUGCUUUCACAGAUAUUUGAAGUGGUGAUUGAAGACAAUGAUUUGCAAGAUGAGCAGAAGGCCAGGAUAUGCAAGAAGUUGGCCGAAGCUGACAAGUGUCUCGUUGAUGGUGCGGAUGAAUAUUUGCAACUGCUCGAUGUGGUAAGUCAAACAAUGCAAGCUUUAAGAAGUAUGCAACUGUAGAUCUUGAUUAAACUCGGGCGGUUUUGGUAUCGGAUAUAUCUAACGUAUGCCAUUUAGUAUAUAGAUAAAAUGUAACUUUUGACUUGUACAAAUUGUUUUAGAAUUGUAUUGUUUGUAGCCGCUGAAUUGAUAUGCUCAAUCUUGUUUAUUUAAUCCAUCAUUUUCUUAUGGUUUCUUCAA